AUGGAGACCUACCAUGGUCAUGUCCGAACCCCGGCAGACGCCAUCAUCCUCUUCGAGGCCUGCCGCAUCGGCCAGCUGCCCCGCGUCCAGCGCCGCCUGUCCGAGAAGGAACGCCAGCAGAUCAAGUCGGGCUCCGUCUUCGUCUGGGAUGAGCGCGAGGCCGGCAUGCGCAGGUGGACCGACGGCAAGUCGUGGAGCGCCAGCAGGGUCUCGGGAAGCUUCUUGACCUAUCGCGAGAUGGAGGGCAAAAGAGGUGGAAACGGCUUUUCCGCACCUGCCUCGUCGGGUAAGAAGUCCAGCUCCAAAUCCGACACCGGAUCGGGCAAAGGCGACUCGGACGAAGAUGGCCCCGACGGCUACAGGUAUAAGCCUGACGGCCUCAUGAAGCAGUCGUUCAGCAUCACCACAUCAAAUGGCCAGCACCUUCACCUUAUCAGCUACUAUGCUCGCUCCAGCCCUACUUCGCAAACCCUAAUGCAACCUACUCAGGACCCUAGCCUACGUCACAUCCGUCCCGCCAAGGGCAUGUACCCAGAGUCAUCUGUCAGCGAACAGAGCAAUGUCCCCGCAGUCACACGAGGCCCAAUGCCUGGCUCCCCUUAUGCACCAGCGCCGCAUCAAAUGGGUUCGCCCUAUGGAAGACCCGGAGCAACGCACCCCCACGGCUACAUGCCGCCUCCCGGGCCCUGGCCACCUACUCCUCUGGGUACCCCUCCCCACGUCUACUCUCCAUACUACCCUACUGCAGCUUCGCCCCCGGCGGGCUACAUUGCUCACUCACCUCACCACUAUCCUCCACCUCCAUAUGCCCACCCUGGCUAUCCCCAGCCGACGGUUUUUGACCGCCCGCCUCCGCACAUGACUGCUCCGGGUCUCCCCCCACCGCCUCCAGCCACGACUCCGUAUUCGCACCAUCUCACUCCUGUUGCACACCACCCGCCGAACCUUUCUCCUCGCGUCCAGCAGGCUGCCCACGUCGGACACCCGUCAACAGCGCCCGGUCUUCCUCCGCACCCUUACGCUCAUGUUGACCCUGUCCUCAACGCUGCUCAGCAACAUCAGGCUCAGCAGGCUCAGGCACAGCAUGCUCAAGCUCAGCAAGCCCAGGCUCAGCAAGCUCAACAGGCGCACCAAGCCCAGCAAGCUCAACAAGCCCAACAGAUUCAGGCCCAGCAGGCGCACCAGGCACAUCAAGCACACCAGGCGCACCAGGCAUACCAAGCCUACCAUGCGCAGCAGGCACAGCAGGCACACCAGUCUCCUCCCGCAGUUGGACUGCAGCUUCCUCAGAUUAACGCUUCUACGACGUCACCACCAACUACCAAUGGCAUGCACAAGCCGCCUACUCCUCCCGCACCCGUUUUAGCACCCACUCCUUCUGUACCCGCGGACGUAUCGCGGCCACACACGUCCGAAGCUCUGCCCGCUCCAGAGACUAACGGCACAGCGCCGACCAAGACUUUCCCAAGCAUCCAUGCGCUCGUCAACGGUGCAGCAGACAGCGACAACAAGGGUGAUGUCAGCGUCAGUAGGCAAGGCAGCCGGAGCCCCAACAGCCAGCUCCAGCACGUCAAGGAGAGGAAUGCCGGGUUCGGCGAAGACUCGAAGGCUCUGCGGAGUCUUGACAAGGCCUUCAUGGUACGGUGA